AUGCCAGCGGGAUGCGCCUCGCUGAGCCGGAUGCGCCAGGGCUGGCUCUCUGUCUCCUGGGUGGCAGCGACCCACCCCCAGCGUUCAGACCUCGGCGAGCGCGGUCUCGCUAAGGGCGCGCAGCAAGGCGUGGACCAGUCGGGGACGCCCAAGUCCAGAGUUGGCACUGUGGGCGCCAUCCGGCCACCCCCCCCGCCCCCACAUCAGACCCUAGGAUACAGGACUCGCUGGAGCUCAGCGCGGCCACAGAAGCGGACUGGCCUCAGAUCUCCUCCUCCCAAGCUUGGUGGGUGGGGAGAAGGCCUUGCAGCAGAAAAGGGGGGCGCUUGGGGCAUAACGCCGGCCCGGCGCGGGGGAGUGUAUCACGCUCACUCACUCAGACUUGGAGGGAACGUGGAGCCCAGCCCCGAGCUUACCUCUCCAGAGGCUCCGGGGCGACGCCCCUGUUCCCUCAGCUACCGAAUGUUCCCUUUGAACUUGACAUUCCAGAAGGAACAGAGAGGUGCUGUUCGCCAGUGCCGAGGUGCCGGGUCAGCUCCGGGCCGGUCCGAAGCCAUGCUCCGGCCUUUCCCUGCCCGACUCCAAGCCAGAAAACUGCAACGGGAGCUGCCGCGCUUCGGGAGGGGUGCGGGGCCGCGGGAUCAGCUGCCCAGUUCUUAUGAAUUGCUCUAA